GACCCUGCUCGAGCGCUGCGCUCCUUUGUUCCGCGCAUCCGAGCGCGCUCUGGCCUAUCUCCAGUCGGCGCCUCCCCGUCCGCGCCUCGGGGCGAAUCGCGUUCGAAUUUAGCGCGCCGGCCGCGUCGCGCGAGUCGCGCGAGGUCCGCUCCCGCGGCAGGUUCGCCCGACCGUGGGUGCCGAGAGCGAGACUAUCCGGUGCGCGCGAAACGCUAGCGCGGAAUGCCGGAACGGCGGAACGACCGGGCCGCGAGCGGAACUUUCUGCGUACGUGACGCGCGCGCAAUGUGGGACGCGUGACAGACGCGCCGCGUCGCAUCUCCGCGCAGCGAGUGCGCGUGCCACCGCGUCACCACGCUGCCACCAUGUAUACCAAGUUCGAGGUGCUCCAGGGCAUCGUCAGCUACCUUCUCGUAUCAGAACGAGAGAGGCACACCGCCAACAGGCUGUCCACAGAUCUGGAACGCGACCUGAGCCUCUCCGAGGAUAGCGACGAGGAUGUCGGUAGCAAGGGAAUGUCGAGGCCGACGCGAGAUGCAAGAAGUCCAGAUCUUACGGUCGACUUAUCGGCCCCGCUGAUCCCGGCGAUGACCCCGGCGCCACCGCCGCUGGCUCCGAUGUCGCCCAUGGGGAUGUCCCCGAUGGGCCAGGAGUCCCCGCUGCGGCCGCUGAGCCUGCCGAGGACGCCGCCUCCCGAGGCGCCGGUGGAGCGGGCAGCGUCCCCGCCGCCCGCGAGUCCGCCCCGACAGCGGUCCCCGAGCCCCCCGGAGCAGCGGCCCCCGAGUCCCCCGGGAUGCGCCCCUCAGAGCUCCGGCAGCGCGAGCUCCAGCUCGGACUCCUGCUCGGACUCCCUGUCCGACAGCAGCGACGACUCCGAGGACGAGGUACCGCCGCCGCCACCCGUAAAAGGUCCCUCCACACCACCCUCCGUGUCCCCCGAGGCACCCGCGGUGGCGGAGCCCCCACCGCCGCCACCACCGGCCGUCGAGGAGUCAAAACCUCGAUGGAACCUCAGUUCCUUCUUCAACAAGAGCGCCGUGCAGGCGGGCGAUCAGAGCUCCGAGAACAAGCCUCCUCAGGAGGGAAUCCGGCACAAUGGGUCUCCGGAUGGUGCAAGCGCGGGCGUGGCGAGAGCACGCCGCGACUCGGUCCACGAGUGGCAGCUGGAAGAUGGUCGAAGGGUCCCGAGCGACGCGAAUCACCACUCGGAACCGAGUAAGAACCAAGUGGCCGGGGACGCCAGGUCGCAGCACGACAAGGCGAAGCCACCGGACGCGAAGAAGCGCGGCCGGCCCCGAAAAUCGACCAAGAGCCCAAAAGGGCACCGCGCCGGGGCCGACGAGGUCGCGAAGAGUAAACGCAGCAGAACGCGGGUGACCAGCCCGAAGAAGAAGCGGCCCAUCUCGAAGUCGACGGUGUCGACCAGCGACGACGCCAGCGACGCCCGGUCCCACCUGGGCAGCAGCGACUCCGAGAGCGACCGAGGCGGCCCAGGGCUAACGGCGUCUCCUGCCGCGGUAGCCACGGCCAUUGCCGAGAAGUGCCGACCGCGACUGAGCGUCUCCUCGAGCGACGAGGACGAGGAGUCCCACGGGUCGACGAAGCGCGCCACCGUCGAGGAGGACGCCCGCUGGAGGAGGCUCGCGUUGAAGCGGAGCAAGCUCGCCGAGUCGCCGAAGAAGCAGCAGGAGAAGAAGAAGACUCCGACGAAGGUGAAACCGCGAAGACCCCGGUCUCGAGUGACCGGCGCCGCGGGUCGGCACUCGGACUCCGACAGCGAGUCCGAGGUCGCUCUGCGGAACAGCAGAAUCCAGGUGGCGAGAGUCCCGCCGAGGCCCAGGGUACCGCCGGUCCGGGCGACCUCCCCGGAUAAUUCCGACAGCGACAACAGCCCGCCACCGAAGCUGCAAGAGGAGGGCGGCAACGUGCAGGACAAGAAGAAGAGCGAUACCUUGCGUAAGCUCUUCUCGACGAGCAAGGGCGGCGGUAAGGGCGGGGGCAAGGGGGGCAAGGGCGGAAAAGGAGGCGGCAAGUGCGGCAUCUACGUCGAAGAGUACACCUCGGCGAACGCCCCGACGGGCGGCGAGAGCCCCUACAAGCGGCCUUCGUCGCGGACUUCCUUCCCACCCGUGACUUACGUCAACGGCGUGCCUAGCCUCCUCUGCAGGCUGGAUCUUAACCGGCUGCCCCAUAUACCACAGGCCUCGAGAGGUCAAGAACUACGCCAACGUACCGAGCUACCCGACACCAGGCCCGACGCCCGACCUGCCUCCGGGCAGGCCGCCCCGCUCGGCGCGCUCGCCCCACCUCGGCCGCCCACCCCGGAAGAGGGCGAGAUCGUCGACACGCCGCCCCCGGAAGCCCGUACCCACGGGGCCGACCCCCUGGACAAGGCGGCUCUGCGCGCGGCCAAGGCUCGCGCCAAGACCGAGGCCCUCUCCUCGGAUUCCAAGGGCUGCUCUACUCCCGUCCCGGGGACCGCCACCGUGUCCGGGGCUGGUGGUAGCGGCAACCCUAGUAGCAGUAGUACCGGUGUGCCCAACGCGAGUGCCAGUGCCAGUGGUAGCAGUGGUAACGCGCCUAAGCGGAAACGUAACCCGAGUUGCAGUUCUGUGUCUAGUUUGAGUACUGUGUGUUCCGUGGACUCGAAGGCCAAGGGGUGCUCGGAGCACAAGGAGAAGAAGAAGAGGAAACGGAAGCAUGCCGAAACGGAAUCGGUCACGCCGAGACCUUCGUCCAGUCAGCAGAGCGAUAUUCAACCGACGAAUCACGAGCGGGAAGAAAAACCGGACACUAGUCUACUCCCACCACCAGUUCCGCAACAGCGUGUCUACUAUUCCUACUUCAACCCUCAGAAUGAAAUCGUGGAGGACCAGGAUGGGGACCAGAAUCAGUACCUGACGGAAGCAAAGCGGCUGAAACACAGUGCCGACGAGGAGCGCGAAUUGACGGCACAAAGCAUGCUAUACUUGGAGGCGGUUUUGUACUUCCUCUUAACCGGUCACGCCAUGGAGUCCGAUCCAGUGACUGAGCGAGCGUCUUUCACCAUGUACAAGGACACUCUCAGCCUAAUCAGGUACAUUUCCUCAAAAUUCAAGAGUCAGCAGAACAACUCUCCGGAGAGCAGCAUACAUAACAAACUAGCUAUACUCAGUUUAUGGUGUCAGUCCCUCAUAAACCUCAAGCUUUUUAAAAUACGUAAACACGAAGUCAAGGAGUACCAGAGGAUACUCGCCGACUACCAUCAGAAGCCGGCCCAAGCAACCCUUGUCCAGCCCGAAGGUCAAGGAACGCCUUCGUUAUCGCCAACACCAUCGCCUGCUGGUUCCGUUGGUUCCGUUGGCAGUCAAAGUUCUGGAUAUAGCAGCGGAGAGCUGGCCAACCGAGGAGGGACGUCAGGUCAGCCUCAAGCCUCUCCUUGCGUCAGUGUACCUCUAGGGGUGCAUCACGCCAUGCAGAAGCAACAUCAACACUUCUCUUUGCUGCUGAAUUGUCACGAACUUUGGGAUCAAGCGAACGCCCUGGUGACAGACCGACAUAGAGAUUUCUUCAUCGAGCUAGAUGAGAAAUACGGACCGCUGACACUGAAGAGUUCGCUCCGAGACCUUGUGCGAUACGUUCAAGGCGGUAUCAAGAAACUACGAGCUCUCUGACCCCAGUGGCACAGCCCCCGGCCACCCACCCCGAAUUACGUCACGUCGCUCCCUCACAAUAUGGCCACCUACCCGACCAUGUUCACGUAGCCACGCGUAUGAAGAUGUGAUCGAAGAUGUAAAAAGAAGAGAGAAGGUCGCACUUCCUCGCAUUCUCUUCCAUUCUACGCGAGGAGAGGAGUCGUGGUAUGGGAUCGUGCCUCAAGUAGGUGAGAGUUCGACAGCCCUGCGGCAUCGACGAGCGUAGCCGUCGACAUUGGGUCUGGGUUCGAAUUCUCGAAGGAACUUCUGAUUCGUUUCUUCUCCCUUCGCCUUCCUCUUGGCUUGGCUUCCUCCCUCGAAGAAGUAGACCUCGAAUUCGACCCUGAAUCGUUCGCUCUGCUCCGGUUUGGCGUGGCGCUCAGGUUUAUCGAUAGAGGAACGGGGUAGUCCCCGAAGAGCGACCGAUUGGACGAGAACUGGUGCAUCCCUGAGCGCGAUACCGAGCCUCUAGCUCUGGUAUUCUAGAGGACCGUGACCAGAGGGAAAUACGGAAACGAAAUCGUGCUCCGACGAUUCACGGCGAGAUCGGAGGGCAACUCCGCUGAAACUGAGCGGAAGGAGAACGCGCAAGCGAGGGCGAGGAUCGAUCGAUCGAUCGCUCAAUCGAUCACUCAUCGUUUGGCCUGGGUGUUCUUUCGCGCACGGUCAAAAGAUCAUAGUCAAUUCCCCUUUGCACCUGCCAAACGAUGGAAAGAGUUCGAGAUCCUCGCCCGCUGCAACCAGAGGGAGGAAGUCCACGGUACGCGCGGUCUGUUCGUUUUUCACGCAAGUUUUAUACCUCGAUCACCCGGGGGGCGAAAAUGGAUAUUAAUUUAUCGGAACUAACCCGUUAUAUUCGUAAAGCGAACAGACCCUUUAGGCUUUGCGUGGCCUUCGCACAAGUGGAUCGCGUAACGACGCGUGAAGUCAAGGUCGUUGAACCUACCGCACGGGUGGAGGCAUCGGUCAAAGUGAGAAUGUAUCUCCGAAAUUGAGGGAGGCAGGGAGAGGGUGGAACACAGCGAAAAGAAUCGUCAGACGAUCGAACGGGGAGAGGAAGUUAGACACGAGCGGGGGGUUUUGAGGGCUCGCAAAAAGUAUGCACCUCUCUGUUUCAGUCGGGGCCCGCUUUUGUGAAAUGUGCAUAGAUACAAUAAAAAGUAAAAGAAGUGCCACAGGAGCGCCCGUGUGCUCUCGCUUCUCGCCGCAGGGCGCAUGCAGGUUACCUGAAGCAUAUUUCAUUAAGUAAUUGAUAUACGCAAGAAUGCAACAAGCAAGGAUAUAGUUUAUUACGUAUAUGAAAAGGCAAAUUAUAUAUAUACACAUACGGUAUAUAAAUAUAUAUAAAUAUAUACAUUUAUAUAUAAUAUAUAUAUUUAUAUAUAUAUUCUGUGGGAGAGAAUGCGCCGUUGCGGAUACAUAACCGCUGACACGACAUACGACAUGUAUAACACGUACACGCGCGCGUGUACACAAAACUUCACCAUACGAAUUAAUGGUACUGUAAACGCUGUAUGUCUGCUGACACUAACAAGAGAUACAACUUGUAGAUAAAUGAGAGAUGUAGGUUAGUCUUAUUACGCAACAAAACAACACGACACAACAAUACAUAUUAUUUACAUUACCUAGAGUGUACGGGGAAAGUAGUGGUUUUAGAGAUGAAAAAUAAAAUCAUACAUAUAUACGGAAGUACAUAAUACGGUAAGGCAGGAGUGGGAAGGUACAUUUACGAGAUACAUAAAUGUAAGAAGUAAGUUGCUCAUGUGUAUAUUUUUGUAAAUAGGUAUCGCGAGUGCCGCCGCCUUGAGGGCGAGCUUACGCCGGCCACGUCGGGUUCGCUCGCCCGCCUCAAUUUUGCUACCACAUCUUACCGAGAUAUUUUUCAGUACGGUCCCUGCGGAACUACGUAUUUCUUUGCCCCGAGGAACGUUAAAAGUGAUUCUCUCUCUUUGUCUCUCCCUUUAUCUCUCAUGCUUCCUCUUGCUCUCUUCAUUUUGUUCCUAGGUUUUAUUACCUGUGAUGAGGAGACGUUUUCAUCCGAGAAACCAAAUCCAUGUCUUAUUUAUUUACCUUCGUAGUGGAGUGAAAUGUUAUUUAAAUUGUCAUUCACGGGACUGCGGCAUUUUAACGUUCACGUACUGAGGACAAAAGCGAUCAUGAUAUGAUUGGUAUAAAUCUAAUGGAACCCAGAAUUUUGUACCAAACCUAAACUACAAGCUGAAAGCUUUGCGCGCCCUAAAUUUAAAUCAAAGGCGAUGGCCAGUUAAUCGUAGGUGCAGAAUAAUCAACUAUUCCCGAUAAAAGGAAGACCCUCUUCUUGGUAGAUUAGUAUUUCUUUUACAACGUAUAAUAUUGCUUUCGUGGGUCAUCAAGUUGUGAAAAUAAUUGAAAGUCAAUGUAAUGGGGAACGGAGGAAUUAAAAACUGAUAAAUGUGUAGAUGAAAAUCCUCGUUCUCGAUGAGCUCUUUGCUUUGUCGGAGAUUAAUCGCGUAAUGCGUUGUUGCGAGGAAUUGAAACCUUGCGAUUUUUUUUGGAACUGAACAAUUAUUCAAAAGAUAGAAUCCACACAGAUUCGGUGCAAUGUGGAUCCCCAAGUAACUAGCGCGGUCCAAAAUGGUUCACGGGAUACAAUUUUAUAUCGAACAAUUAUAAUGAAAGAAAUUUAAUAAUUAGAUGGAAGUUCAUUUAACAAAGUUUGCGAGAUCGUGUAUAAGAAAAAAAAAAACAGAAAAAAGUUAUAUAUUCGAGUAUAUAUUUAUUAAGAGAUACACAUAUAUCAGGCCCUCUGCCCACUACCAGCUCGAAACAUCCUUUUAUUUUUUAAAACUUCAUAUGUCUUAUACACUUAAACCAUAAUGUGAUAUAAGUUUUGAAAAUCAACGGAUACGUUAUAAAAUAAAAUAGGUAAUCGAUGCGGUUUUUUCUAGACGUGACGCUGAUAAUGACUGCAUAAAUCAAUUAAUAUAUUCAAAAGGUAAUCAGCUGUUUAAUGCAUAUCAAGAUUUGUAUCAUGAUAAUCCUUUUUUGGUCAUUUUAACCAUUAAAUGGUAAAGUUAAAAACUAUAACGUUUGUAGAUCGCCCCGAUUUACCAGUUUCCUUUUAUAUACACUACGUUUGAUAAAUGAAACGUUUAAUAAUAUCCUUAUUAUCAUUUUGACUCCCCUUUGAUGCAUUAAAUGUAUUCAGUAAUUAUGUUAUGUUUGCUGUGAAAUUUACAUUGGCCAAUGUUUAACAACGUGUAAACCAUGUAUUGAUUACUAUAAAACGUAUUAAUCAUACGUUACCAGUUAAGGAUUAUUUUUGUACAAAUGCGAAUUACACAUAUAAAGAAGAUAACACACAUGGAUAUCUAAUACCCCAGGAUAGGUACCCUGAUAUAGGCUAAACCACUACAGCCAAACGAUUUCAUGUGACAGAUCAAUCCUCGCGCAAACAAAAAAGUAGCAAACCGUUGAUACGAAUAAUCUCUUUUAUCCGUUUUUAUUGUCGGGGGUGACAUAUAUCCGUAAUAAAGACUAUAUCGCAAGUCCGCCACCCGGUUCGUCAUGAUAUACGAGUCGUUAAGUGAGUUCCUUUUGCGAUUGUGAGUAAUCAUCACUCGGCUGUGACAAGGAGCGAUGAGGAAACACUAUAAGGGAUAACUUUAAACGGAGAAAAAAUAGAGGCAAACAGAGAGAAUACUAUUGAAAAGAUAGGAGCCAAGCAACUGUCGUCGGGGCAUUCACAGAUUUAUUCGUUAGUGUCUAAAACGUAUAUAUAUGUAUACGUAGGUAUAUAUAUUGGUUAGACACUUAGAAUAUAUAUACAAGAUGUACCAAAAUUAGAUGAAUUCGUAUACAUGAAGCGAUAAUACGUAUAAAAUGAUUUAAUGAAUGAUCAAUUUCAAUUUUACAGCGGUCAGUAAGUUUUGCACAAGAUAGGAGAGUGACUGCAGAAUCGUGACUCUUUUGAAAGGAAAAGGUGCCCCUCUAAGCCAACCGAUCAUUAGUGGAACAGUAACGAAAACGUUGCAAAGAGUCAACACUGACGUUAGGUACAUUCAAAUAGCAUUAAAAAUAACUUAUGAAUGUCUUGCGCUUAAAUCCAUUGAAAAUAACAUAGAUAUUUUUUUUUUUCUUGAAUCGCGAUGCUACGAUCACUGACUCUCGACUCCGUUAAAAACUUGCUCACCGAAGACAAAUAUAGAUUGUCCACUCUCGUCGAAUAAUGUCCAACAAAGAAUCGCGUCACGUAUACAAUUUUCGUUCGUCGAGUUUUGGCACAACUUGUACAUACAAUGUUCACCCCGCAUCAUUCGAGCACAACUGCUUCCCAAUUCCCUUCCUUCGGUUCAGCGAAACAGAACUCGUUACUCUGGCCGUAUAUUAUCCGUUUAACCGUUUUCAAUUGAGAAAGAUGCGCGAGAGUAACAGGAGGACCCUAGAGGAGAAAAAACCGUGUUAAACGCGACAAGGAGUGAUACACUUGUAAAUUGUACCUAAUCUAAUAUAACAAAAGAGCAGUAAUGAUCCCGCGUGAAAUCAAGUGUAAUUUCCCAAUUAGGAAAAGAAGUUUCGGUUGCAGCUCCUACGUUUGACGAAUCUUCUUUACCUACUGAUAUAUCAUAAUGUAUUUAUAUAUAUAUAUACAGACCCAUACACGCAACAUUAUAAUUAAUUAAUUGAUUCAACUGCUAUUACUCCUAUUAUUAUUAUAUUAUUUAUAAGCACAUCGAGCCUCGUGUGCUCUCAUUCGAUCGGCUUCCUAAUUUGCGACACUUAGGGUAAUGAGCGGGUGGCAUCACGAUGCUUCGCCGCGACCACUCCUCGAGCCGUGAGAUGAGCGUUAUUAUUAUUAUUACGAUUAUUAUUGUCAUUACUAUUAUCAUUAUGAUGAAUAUGUUAUUAUUACUNAUU